AUGGGAAGACGAUUAUUUCAGCAAUGGCUUGUAGAUAAUUAUGUUAAAAUUGAAAAAGAUCGAAUUAAUUAUUGUAAACAAAAUCAAAAACAACUACGAGCUGAGACUUAUCAAGGACUAAUUGAUUAUUUGACAAACGCCGCCAAUAAUAACGAAGCUCACAUUGGAAAAAUGAUUAUACUUCCAUCAACGUUCGUGGGUUCACCGCGUAAUAUGUUACAACAUUAUCAAGAUGCAAUGGCUAUUGUGCGUAAAUAUGGAAAACCAGAUAUCUUUGUUACUAUGACUUGUAAUCCAAAUUGGCGUGAAAUUAAAGAGAAUUUACUUCCAAAUCAACAACCUGCAGAUAGACCAGAUAUAUGUGCUCGUGUAUUUAAUAUAAAAAAGGAUUAUUUAAUUGAUGUUAUUGUUAGACAAAAAUUUUUUGGAGAAGUUCUCGCAUACGUUUAUGUAAUAGAAUUUCAAAAACGUGGAUUACCGCAUAUACAUUUGUUGAUUACAUUAAAACAGAAUUGUAAAAUAACAAAUUCCGAAACGGUUGAUAAAUUUAUUUCCGCAGAAAUUCCUGAUCCUAAUGAAAAUGAAAGUUUACAUAAUGUUGUAAUGAAGCAUAUGAUUCAUGGACCAUGUGGAAAUUGGUGUCUGGUGAACGAUAAAUGUUCCAAACAUUUUCCAAAAUCAUUUCAACCUGAGACGACUAUGAAUGAAGAUGGCUAUCCACAAUAUCGUCGAAGAAAUAAUGAUUUAUUGUACGAAAGGCCUGGACGAUACGUUGUUGAUAAUAGAUAUACUGUUCCAUAUAAUCCAAUGCUUUUACUUUUAUUUAAUAGCCAUAUUAACGUUGAAAUAGUUUCGAGUAUACGAUCUGUAAAAUACUUGUAUAAAUAUAUUUAUAAAGGUCAUGAUGCUGCGUCUGUAAUCAUUGGAGAAAAUUUAGACAAAACUAUAAUUCAUGACGAAAUUCAAGAUUUUAUUGAAGCUCGUUACGUGGGGCCUGUGGAAGCAUGUUGGCGAAUUUUAAGUAAAUCUUUACAAGAAAAAAGUCAUUCUAUAUUUCGUUUACCAGUCCAUUUACCAAACGAACAUAGUGUAAUAAUCGAUGAUAAUAUUAACAAUGAUGCAAUAAGAUCUGCCAUAGAACGAGUGACAAUGUUGUUAGAUUAUUUUAAAUUAAAUGCUCGAGAUGAGGAAGCGAAACAAUACUUAUACAGUGAUAUUCCAUCAUACUAUGUUUUUAAAAAGAUUACAAUUAACGGCAAAACUAUUAAUCGCUGGGAAAAACGUCAAAGAUAUUUUAAUUGUAUCGGUCGUAUGUAUUCUGUUAGCCCGUCUCAAAUGGAAUUAUUUCAUUUACGUAUAGUUUUACUACAUGUUAAAGGAGCCACAAGUUUUGAAGAAUUAAGAACAGUUAAUAAUGAAGUACAUCAAACUUUCACCGCCGCAUGUUUAGCAUUAGGACUUAUAGAAGAUGACGAGGAAUGGUAUCGUGCGAUGAAUGAAGGAAAAGUUUGGAUGAUGCCAAGACGACUUCGUAAUUUGUUCGUACGAAUUUUAAUUCAUUGUCAACCACUUCAUCCGAAAAAGUUGUGGGAUGAGUUCAAAAUGGAUAUGUCGGAACAUUAUAUAAGACGAUAUGGAUCUGCAUUGGGAAUAAAGAAGGUUUAUAAUUACAUUGUCAAUGUACUUCAAAUGGAAGGAUCAAAUAUUGCUAACUUUCCUGAAAUGGAACAAAUAAGUGAGACUCAAGAAAUAAAUGAUGAAGAACAAAUUCAAGAAGAUACAACUAUAGGAAUGCGGCAAUAUGGACAAUUAAAUAUAGAACAAAAAGUGAUUGUUGAUACUAUUUUAUUAGCAACAGCAAGUAACAAUAGUAACGACAGUUGUUUUUAUAUCGAUGGUCCAGGUGGUUCUGGUAAAACUUUUAUUUAUACAACAUUAUAUUAUUUACUUAAAAGUAAAGGAAAAAUAGUAAGUACUAUGGCAUUUACUGGUAUUGCUGCAACAUUACUUCCAAAUGGAAGAACAACACACAAAGUUUUAGGAUUACCUGUACCUCUUUUCACUGAUUCUACAUCAAAUAUUAAAGUACAAUCAAAAGAAGCUAACAAUUUAAAACUUGUAGAUGUCUUUAUUAUGGAUGAAGCACCUAUGGCACCACGUUACGUGCUAGAAAUAAUGGAUCGAGUAUUACGUGAUAUCAUGCAAAAUAAUUUAUAUUUUGGUGGAAAAAUUGUUCUUCUCGGUGGAGAUUUUAGACAAUUAUUACCUGUAAAAGAAAGAGCUACGCGUUGUGAAAUUAUAAAUUUAUCGAUAAAAUUUAGUUCUUUAUGGAAACAAUUUAAAAUAUUUUCACUGACACAAAAUAUGAGAACUUUAUCACAAGAAAAAGAAUUUGCACAAUUUUUACUAAAUUUAGGUAAUGGUUCUUUAAAUGAUAAUUCGGAUAAUAUUGAAAUUCCAGAAAGAUGUAUAGCAAACAUUAAUUCGGAUAUAAUAAAAGACAUGUAUGGAGAUAUUAUAACACAUAAGCGAUAUAAAAUUAUGGCUAAUUAUGUUAUAUUAUCUGCAAGGAAUGUCGACGUUGAUGAGAUAAAUAAUAAAGUAAUAAGAUUAUUAGAUGAUACGACAGAGAGGGUUUAUACAAGUGUGGACACUGUUGAAACGACUGGAGAUAAGGAGGAUAUACAUGAA